AAACAGUGAACAACAAUAUCAUCAUCACAGCCCAGCCAGCUAACUUGGCCACAGAUCAACACUAAAGAUAAUCGCAAACAAGAGCGAGAGCAAGUGAGAGUGUGAGAGAGAGAGACAGCCGGCUUAACAAUUCGUCAAGUAGUUUUUGCCAUCGUUUUGUCAGCGUCUAAAGUGUGAAAUUAACGCGUGAGGAAGUGUAACGAACAGCGAGUGAGAUUGAGAGACAGGACUUUUCCCAUAUCCCCUAAAACGUCGCAUCAAGUAGAGUUAUCGACGAGAACAACAACAACACACAUCGUGUCACACAUUCAAACCGCGUUAAGUAGCUAUGUCGGAGGCUGUUACGCCCACGACGACGACGACGCCAACAGUUUUUGACCCAACCGCCGAGGCGGCCGAAAAGGCGCUCUGCUUCCGUGGCAUUUGGGCUUGGCUGGUGUUGAUCCUGCUCAUUGGACUCGCCGUCUUUGCAGUGAUGUGGCUGCUGCGCAAGUUCAUUCAAGGCCCCGUCUAUCGCAAAAAGAAUCGCAUCGAUGGCAAGGUGGUCAUCGUCACCGGCUGCAACACGGGCAUUGGCAAGGAGACGGUCCUCGAGCUGGCGCGGCGUGGUGCCAAGAUCUACAUGGCCUGUCGAGAUCCCGCACGCUGCGAGGCAGCUCGCAUUGAGAUCAUCGAUCGCACCCAGAACCAACAGCUCUUCAAUCGCAGCCUCGACUUGGGAUCGUUGGAGUCGGUGCGCAACUUCGUUGCUCGCUUCAAGGCGGAGGAGACCCGACUCGAUCUGCUGGUGAAUAAUGCCGGCAUUAUGGCCUGUCCACGCUCCCUAACUGCCGAUGGCUAUGAACAGCAGUUUGGCGUCAAUCAUCUUGGUCACUUUCUGCUCACGAAUCUCCUGCUCGAUCGCCUCAAGCAGGCGUCGCCCAGUCGCAUUGUGGUCGUUAGUUCGGCGGCCCAUUUGUUUGGUCGCAUCAAUCGUGAGGAUCUGAUGAGUGAACGCAAGUAUGGCAAAUUCUUCGGCGCCUACAGUCAGUCGAAGUUGGCCAACAUUCUCUUCACCCUGAAGUUGUCGAAACUGCUGCAAGGCAGCGGUGUCACCGUCAACUGUUGUCAUCCGGGCGUGGUGCGCACCGAACUAAAUCGGCAUUUUGUUGCACCUGGCUGGGUGAAGAGCUGCAUCCAAACUCUGGCAUUGUACUUCAUGAAGUCACCGCAGGCAGGAGCACAGACUUCGUUGCGCCUGGCGCUCGAUCCCUCGCUGGAGGGUUCUUCAGGGGAUUAUUAUUCGGAUAGCAUGCGAUUCCCGCUGGUGCCGUGGGCACGUAACAUGGAGACCGCCGACUGGUUGUGGCGGGAGAGUGAGAAACUUGUCGGUCUGCCGCCCAUUGAGCCACAAAAUGGCGGUGUGCAACAGAAUGGCAAUGUGACUGGGAAUGGAACACGUCCUGUCGCAGGAGGAGCAGGAGGAGGAGGAGGAGGUGAGAGCAUUGAGACCGUUGUAGUUGAUCGCACAAGCAGUUAAGAAGACUGCACAGCUCGCCAUCGCAGCCUUGUUAUAAGGCAUGGAGACGAAAGCUUUGCUUGGAACCAAACCAGUGGGAACUAGUUUUUUUUUUUUUUUACAUCAAAGCGAUCGGUUAUCAAAAUUGUCUUUGUUCUUAAUUUUUUUGUUGUUGCUAUAAACUUGACGGCAGCAGCAGCAGCAAAAGCUUUAUGAUUAUUAUAGCAAUUUAUUUAAAUGCAGCUAAUUCUCUUACAAAUUUUGUGUGCCUAGCUUUAAGUG